AUGACCCUGUCUCUACAACCGCCAUCGGCCAAAAGGCGAAAGCCCAAUGGUCCUACGCUUUCUAACAUGGCGCACAAUUUCAAGGCUGGAAAUAUCAUCAGACUACGAGUCUGGAACUUCACCACAUACAACUAUGGAGUCUUUAAUCUAUCACCAUCUUUGAAUAUGAUCAUAGGACCCAAUGGCUCGGGAAAGUCAACGUUUGUUGCAGCGGUUUGUUUGGGUUUGGGAGGAAAGUUGGAAUUGAUCCGCCGGAAAUCGCUUGAUUCAAUGAUCAAGUCUGGAGAGAAGGAAAGCAGAAUCGAAAUCACUUUAUCAGCUGGCCCGGAUAAGCAGCCCGUCGUCAUCGAACGAACUCUCACGCUUAAACUGACAAAGUCCAAAUGGGAGAUCGACGGUGUUUCUUCGGAGUUGGCCCUGGUAUCUAGACUUGUGAAGAGCUUAAACAUCCAACUAGACAAUUUGUGUCAUUUCUUGCCACAAGAACGUGUUGCAGAAUUUGCAUCACUCUCGCCAGAGAAGCUUCUUCUCGAGAUGGAGCGUACAAUCGGUGAUAACACCCUAAUACAGAAACACGAGCUCCUUAUAGAUUUAGACAAGUCUCUAGUCGAGGUCACUGAAAAACUUGAUUCGGCUGAAGAGUACAUUAAUGGCUUGAAAGACGACGUUGACAAAUAUGCUCGUGAGGCAGAAAGAUUCAGAGAGUAUGAAGUCAAGUCCCGAGAGAUUGGCCUCCACAAAAAACUUCUUCCCUAUGCAAAGCUUCAGGACUUGAGGAAUCUGAUGGCUAAUUUGAAACUAGUACGUGACAACGCAAAGAACACUCUACUAGAGUUCAACCACAAUGUCAAACCGCUCGCCUCUCUUGCUCGUGAUGCAGUUGAAUGCACUAAGGCUUUGGAUGAGCAAUUGUCAGAAUUGAACCACCAAGUUUUUUUGAUGACGCAGAAAACUUCCACCUCUACAUCCCAGCUUUCUGAGAUCAAAACUCAGAUUGGCGAGUGCAAGAACACAAUUAAUAAUCUACGGUUUCGCACAGAGAACGAGAAACUUGAAUUGAGUAAUACGCUUGAAGAACGAGAUAAGAUACUACGAGACUUAAAUGGCAUCAAGGUGGUAGAUGAAGAGGAGUUGUCGUCCUUGGAGCUUCAGCGGCUGGAAAAGUACAAUGAAAAAUCAAGCCUUGCAGAGGAAUUGGAUACAGUGAAAUUUCAAUCAAACGCACUCGGCAGGGAAAUCGAAUCUCGGGAAAAUCGCAUGAGAGAGGAGCACAAAAAGCUAACGAGCAAUGAGAGGUUAGAGGUCUUGAGAUCUACAGGAACAAGAUACCGUCGAGAGAUAAUGGAAAUGUCGUACAAGGCGCAUUCUUUGCUUCGAAAAGAGAAACAAAAAUUGGGUCUCCGAUAUUAUGAAGCGCCAGUCAUUUCGUGUCAUGUCACUGAUAGCAGAUACGCUAAGUACUUUGAGAAGAUUGUUGACAACAUGUCUUUGUUUGCCUUGUUUUUUGACAACAACGAAGAUUAUCAGGCAGUGUCUAAGAUCCUUCCUACAGACGCGAAUGUUCCCAUGAGAGUUGUUACCAAAAAAAAUCCAGAGGCAAGAAUUCCAAAGGACUUGCUCGCAAGACUAGGGUUUGAUGGGUGUCUUUCUGAUUUUAUAACGGGGCCAGAAUCAGUAAUCCGCUGUUUGAAACAAAGGUGCUUCAUUCACAUAAUCCCCGUCGCUCUGAAGCCCAUUAGCGAAGAACUGACUCGAGAGUAUCUUGACUUUGUUACACUGUUACCAGGUAUGAAGAACGCUCGAUUUGCAAUCGAGAAUAGCUUGUUUCUGGUAGGUCGUUCGAAACAUGGCUCUCGGCAGAUCUUCUACAACACAGAGAAUAUCGCGGAGGCGCAACUUAUGGCCGCCGAUGGUUUGACUGAGGAGCUAAAAAAAGAGAUUAGCAAGCGCAUUCAAACUUUGCGAGAAAACGUUGUAUCAUUGACAGAACAACGAAAGCAAUUGCUUUCCUCGCAAGAGGGUUUGGCCGCAAGAAUCAAUGUGGCUGAUAGCGAACUCAAAGAUCUCGACAAACUGGUUAGAGCCUUGAAGAAACAGAAAGAGACUAAAUUGAAACUUGAAGAUACUCUCAGCCAUAAAGAGUCUAGAAUUCUGACUCUUCAAAGAAAAACGAACGAGGAUUAUGGCGACCAAAUUUCGCAGGCGGAAGGAAGCCUCAUUCAAAAGUACCUCGAAUCUGCCCGUCUAGUUGCAGAUAUCGCCAAACAGGUCGAAGAACUCUCUCAACACAAAAUAGAGGUGAAAAAAACUGAGCUUCUUCGUCAACAGCUGGAGAACAAGGCAUUGACCUACCAAAGUAUCCGUAAAGAGUUAGACAAAAAAGAAGAAUUGCUUCAGCGGCAGUAUCUUGAAGCAAAAAGUAAGUAUGAUGAGCACAAGAAAGGAAGUGCUGCAAAUGAGAUUCGAGAGCAGAAUCUCGUUGGAGAGGAAAGGGAGGCUGUGAGAGAGUUUGCUGAAAAGUAUAAUUCGCAAGGAACACUUACCGAGCAAUUUGUUCUACAAACAAUCGAACGUUUGGAGGACGAAAUAUCUGUUCUUCCUAAUAUUGACCAUGGAACCCUUGCACUUUUGCUGUCCAAGAAAAUCGAUUUGGAGAAUGCCGAAACUCAAUUACCAAUUAUGCAAAGAAAGAAGUCAGAUAUAGAAGCUAGAGUUCAAAAAAUAUGCAUUCCGUGGGCGGAAGAGCUUGCUCAAAUUGUGGAGCAGAUCUCCCGCUCUUUCCAGAAGAGAUUUGUUGCUGUUGCUAGUGAUGGUCAAGUUGAAUUGGUGAAAGCCGAUCGAUUCAAAGACUGGAAGUUAGAGAUUCUUGUGAAAUUCAGGGAGAAUUCGGAACUCAAAGUCUUGGAUCACCAGUCUCAGUCUGGUGGAGAGAGAGCUGUUUCGACAAUUUUCUUUAUCAUGUCAUUGCAGGGACUUACCAACGCGCCAAUCAGAAUUGUGGACGAGAUAAACCAAGGUAUGGAUCCGAAAAAUGAGAAACAGACCCAUAAGUAUUUGGUCAAGACUGCUUGCACCUCUGAUAGCUCUCAGUACUUUUUGGUUACUCCGAAGUUGUUGACGGGGUUGUACUACCACCCAGAUAUGGCUGUGCACUGUAUUUUCACUGGCCCCUUCCUCCAAAGUGAUUCCAGUUCUGGUGGUGAAUAUCUAGACAUGCACAAAAAAUAUUCUGUGGAAGCGUAA